CUCCUUCGUGUAAGAGUGGCAAUUGUAUUGUCUGUAUCCAUGGCGUAUGUUUUGUGUAGCUUAUGUUAAGAAUUUAAGAGGCGGUGUGUGGGAGAGAACAUAUUUAGUGGUUACCAGAAAACACAUGAAGCAUUUGUCUUUUUGUUAGCUGUAAGAAUGCUGCCACACUGUGCGAGCGAGCCCAUGGGCUUUGUAGCCUACAAAUGCGUUGUAGGCUACUUUUUACAAACUGUUUUUUAUGUUGUAUAACCUACUCAUUUUCAGCAUUCAUUAUACAUGUUAUUAAUAAGACGAAAACAUAUCUAAAUGUAACCUUGAUCAUAAGAUGAUGUCAUUGCCAUAAAAAAAGCGUAGAGAGAAAAUACCCCGGAAGAGGGGUUUGAUAGUAGUAGUGGUGCCACAGGUGAUAUUCCUAUAACAUAAGUCAACACAGCAAGCUGAGACAGGCAGCUGCGCGUCUUUUCUCCUUUACAACUUUUAAGAGAGUCUCAAACAGCUCAAUAAGUCUAUUCAUCCAGCGGUGGCACCAGACAUGUAGCCUAACUGCAACCUUGGACACAGAAUAACAAGCAUCACUAUCAGACUGUGGCCGGCAGCAGCAUGGCAGAGGCAGAUAAAGCCAGUCCUGCGCACGCCCUGUUCGACAGCUUCGUCCAGGCCGACACCUGCAAGGAAGUCCUGGGGAGCUUUUCUGAGUUGUGCCGCCACCUGGAGGUUGAUCCACGCGACUACAAGCACUUUUACGGCAAACUCAAAGACAGGCUGAACUACUGGAAGGCCAAGGCAUUAUGGGUAAAACUGGACAAGCGGGCUGCCCAUUCCGACUACAUGCAAGGCCAGGCAUGCUCCAAGAACAAGUGCCUGGUGCUGGGAGCAGGGCCGUGUGGCUUGCGCACAGCGGUGGAGCUGGCUCUGCUGGGAGCUAGGGUGGUGGUGCUAGAGAAGAGGGAGGCCUUUUCCAGGAACAACGUGCUCCACCUCUGGCCCUUCACCAUCGUCGACCUCAGAGAGCUGGCCGCCAAGAAGUUCUACGGCAAAUUCGCCACCGGAAGCCUGGACCACAUCAGCAUACGGCAGCUGCAGCUGAUCCUGCUGAAGGUGGCUCUGUUGCUGGGCGUGGAGGUGCACACAGGUGUGGAGUUUAGGGGUCUAAAGGAGCCGUCAGGGAACUCAGGAUGGAGAGCUCAGUUGUCUCCUGCAGGCCACCCUGCUGCUGAUUUCCAGUUUGAUGUUUUUAUUUCUGCAGGAGGGGGGCGCUAUGUCCCAGAGGGUUUCCAGAGGAAAGAGCUUCGAGGGAAGCUGGCCAUCGGCAUCACGGCCAACUUCAUCAACCGCCACACGCGCGCCGAGGCCCAGGUGCAGGAGAUCAGCGGUGUGGCUCGCAUCUACAACCAGAAGUUCUUCCAGGACCUGCACUCAGAGAUGGGUAUUGAUCUUGAGAACAUAGUUUACUACAAAGAUGAUACACAUUACUUUGUGAUGACGGCCAAAAAGAAGAGUCUGCUAAAGAAAGGUGUCAUCAAACAGGACUACAGUGAUGCUGAGCAGUUGUUGGCUCCGAGCAAUGUGUGUCAGGAGGCUCUGAUGCGCUAUGCGUAUGAGGCAGCCGACUUCUCCACCAGCAACCUUCUGCCCGGCCUGGAGUUUGCCCGUAACCAUGCCAACCGGCCAGACGUGGCCAUGUUUGACUUCACGUGCAUGCAUCGUGCAGAGAACGCCUCACUUGUCAGGGAGAGGAAGGGCAAGAGGCUGUUGAUGGCCCUGGUGGGGGAUUGUUUGGUAGAGCCAUUCUGGCCCUUAGGAACAGGUGUAGCCCGUGGGUUUCUUGCAUCAUUUGACACAGCGUGGAUGGUGAGGAGCUGGGGAAAGGGAGUGCCUCCCCUUCAGGUCCUUGCAGAGAGAGAGAGCGUCUACAAGCGGCUGUCUCAAACCAGUCCAGAGAAUACCAACAAGAACUAUGCCAACUACAGCCUCAACCCCUCCACCCGCUACCCCAACAUCAACACAAGCACCAUCUCACCCAACCAGGUACAGCAUCUCUAUGAUCGUGAAGACCUCACAGAUGACAGCCGCAAGAGAACGCUGAAGCAAACGACUCGCCUCCGCAAUGAGUCGGGUAGUGCCACUUUGGUGAACUUGCUGAAAUGGUGCCAGCGCAACACAAGCGGGUACAAGCGGGUGAAGGUGAAGGACAUGAAGGAGUCGUGGAGGUCAGGCCUGGCCCUGUGUGCCCUCAUCCACCGCUUCAGACCAGAGCUCAUGAACUUUUCCUCCCUGGAUGAGUCCAAUGCAGCCUACAAUAACCAGCUGGCGUUCGACGUCCUGCAGAGAGAGCUGGGCAUUGCCCCAAUCAUGUCUGGGGCUGACAUGGCUAGCUGCGUCCAGAUCGACCAGCUGUCCAUGAUGCUGUACCUCUCUCAGGUCCACAGUGCCUUCUCCAAACAAGCGCCUCCCACAGAUGAAAUCUGUCAGUUGGCGCCCUCCAAGCCAGUUUCCCUGUUCGCUGCCCGAUCUGCCAUCAGUUUCCUGAACAAGCUGAAACACAACUCCCUGCAGCGCCGCAAGGACAGCCUGGCUGCAGAGAGGAAGAGGACUCUGAGGAUGAGGAAGGAGGAGGGCGAGGAGGAGGAGGAGGAGGCUGUGACCCCCGUGACCCCUGUUGUCACGGUGACGCCCGGGGCCCCUGACUCGCCCGAGGCCCCCCUGGACAGCGAGGUGUGCUACUUCUGUGGCCAGCGGCUGUAUGUGCUGGAGCGAGAGAGCGCUGAGGGCAAGUUCUUCCAUCGCAGCUGCUUCACCUGCCACCACUGCAGCGCCACUCUCAGGCAGGGAGGCUACUCGCACCACCAGAGCACCGGAAGGUUCUACUGUGAGCUGCACUCUGAGGAAAUGGAACUGGGCCACAGGAAUCUGUCCACACACUCUGAGGAUGACUCAGCCUCGAGUGGAGAGGGCAGUGAUGAGGAGGUGUACUGGAAGAGUGAGGUGAACAAGUCCGAUCCAGCACCUGCCUCGGCAGACUCUGCUGUGGCAGAGCGGUCACCUGAUCCUCACCCUGUCCCCAAGAAGGCCUCCCCGCACAGGCCGUCCAAGCUGCCGGAGCCUGGGCACAAAGCGGCAUCAGAGGACUCCGCCAGUGCCAGCCCCGUGCCCGCUCCACGCGGGGCACACGCGCGCCAACCUCAGUCCCCCCCCACGCCAAAGCCACGCACCGUCCAUCUUCCGGCAUUCCCUACCAAGCCCUCACCCCCCCUGGACCAACGCCAGACAAAGCCUGAGGCUGUGAAGGAGGAGGAGGAGGAGGAGGAGACCCCCAGCGGUCAAGCUGAGAACGGACGUGUGAACGGAGCGGACAGCGCCUCCCCCAGGUCAGAAACCAGAAGUGCGAACGGAGCGGACAGCGCCUCCCCCAGGUCCGAAACCGCAAAGCUGCGGAAGCUGCAGCUGUCGGACGAGGAGCGCAGUCAGCUGGGCAGCCUGAGCUACAGCCAGGACUCGGACUCGGAGACGCCGGCCUCCUCAUCGGCCUCGUCCUCCUCCUCCUCCAAGCGCGUGGACGGAGGGGCGGAGGGGGCCGGUCAGCAGGAGGGGAGCUUCUGGAGCGCGGGCCGGCCGGGGAGCCACGUGCGGGAGCACCGCAACCGCCGCUGCGUCCGGAGGAAGACCGAGCCGCCCGGCGGAGGCGCCAACGGAAGCCAGCAGGGCGGUCGCGUGCGCUCCAAGUUCUCCCCCUGGAACCUGUCGUCCCCGCGGCUCGGCCAGCACCACCGUCUCAGCGUCCACGUGGCGGGAGCUGAUGGAGUUCAUUCAAGUAGCUAUGCAUCAGGAGAGGAGAAUGGUGAUGAUGAGGAUGAUGACUUCGACAUGUAUUCAGACAGCAUUGAUUUUCAGGAGGUACAGGCCCCCUCUGACCCGGUCGAGGCGCACAAGUUGGAGCUGCGCAAGAUGAGGACGCUGGAGCGCCGGGCCAAGAUGAGUGAGAUCCAGCGCUUCCACAGAGCACAGUCGAUCCAGAGACGGCUGGAGGAGAUUGAGGUGACGUUUAAGGACCUGGAGGUGAAGGGAGUUGACCUGGAGAGAACUCUCAGGGAGGAGUCAGAUUCAGCUGAUUCGGACCUGAUCGGCCAGUGGAUCGAGCUUGUCCAGCAGAAGAACGCACUAGUAUCUGAGGAGUCUGACCUCAUGGUGGCCUCACGCCAGCUGGAGCUGGAGGAUAAGCAGAGCAUGCUGGAGCUGGAGCUGAGACGCUGCAUGGAGAUGAGUGACUCUGAGAAGAGUGCUGAGCAGCGUGAGGCGGAGGAGCGGGCGCUGGCGGAGAUGCUGGAGGUGGUGGACAUGCGGAGCUCCCUGGUGGCCUUCCUGGAGGAGAAGAGGCUGAAGGAGCUCAGCGAGCCCCAGCUCACCAGCGCCCUGCUGGAGACCACGAGACACGCCACCGCCACCGCCAACACCCAUAUGCACUGGGACUAAUGGGGCCCCAGAUCACACACACACACACACACACACACACACCAUGCAUUCACAAACACACUCCUCACAUAUGUGUUUAAUACACAAGACUUUUUCAUGCACGCCGUCAUUAUGAGACUUUUGAACUUGAAAAGCCAAAGACUUUGAAAAUAUUUCCGUUUCACAUGCGUGUACAUGCACAUUAUCACACACAAGCAAACACACCCACAAAUAGAGGCACACACACUCACACACGCACACACUCACAGAGCCCUCACUGCCUAGCCUUAAAAGACUCAAGGGAAGCAGCAUUCUUUCUCUCUGUCUCCCUUUCUUUCUCUCUCUCUCUCUCUCUGCCGAGUCAGCACCCUGAGAGCCAGUGCUGUGGCCACUGCGCUGACGUGAUUAUGAGAUUAUGAAUGUACAUAAAUCAUUAUCUCCUCUCCUCACAUUAGUGGGCCUCAGCCAAGCACAGAGUCACCUAGAGAUGAUGCUCAUAUCCGUAUUACUCAAAGUAUUUACAAUGUGUCAUAUUUGAUAUAUUUAGAGAUUUAUGCUAUCCAGUUUUGGAGUGUAAUACAAUCACAGAAGAAUAUUAUGUAAUAUUUUGUCAAUGUAAUUAUUGUUAUAUGCUGAGGACAUUAUUAUUAUAAUUAUUAUGGUUAUUAUUAUAAUGAUUAUUAAUAUUAUCAUUAUUAUUAUCAUUAAUAUACUCCUUGUGACAUUUGAGCACAUUUUGCAUGCAUCAUUGGUAUUGCUCAGUUGAAUGGUGGUUCUCAGGGCUGGAGCAGAAAUGUAAUGUGGUGUGCUGCCAAGCAGAUACACACUCAUCCACAGUGUUCCUGAGUCAGGAGAUUCAAAACGUGCUGAAAUACUCUGCGGGAGAACAAGGGUCCAUCAAAGACAUGGUUCUCAAAGGUGAGCUACACUUGCUCUGUUCACAGUAGCCAUGUAGAGCUGUCUUCGUAACAAAUGUAGCAAAACUUUGAGGCUGAACAUUCCCUUGUGAAAGCUGUGUUUCUUUAGUUUGUUUUUUCCUUUCAUUGUUGCCUAUGUGCAGCCGGGACUGCUUCAAGUACACAAUACUAAUAAAUAUUGGAUUGCUUUAUAUCCUAAUGUGUUUUUGGAGCCAAACAUAGGCCAUGCAAACAUAAAAAUACACACACACACCAUUUCAAUACAAACACACACAUCUGUCUCUUCAUGGAUAGCCAUGAGGGGGUGGAUUGGAACAAUGACUAAAGCAACCAACUCAAUAGUUAGGCCUAACUUUUCCUAGAAUUAAAAAAAGCCACUAUAUGUAUGAAAGAAAGAAGAGCCGGUUUAUUGAGGGACCAGUAUGUUCUAACCGAUUUCAAGAAAAUAUGUAUUUUGUAUUUUUGUGGAUGUCAAUAAAAAAACUGCAAAUGUG